AUGACCGAUCAGCCGACAGGACCAAUAGAGACGACGCUAUGCGACUACGAGACUGUGGAGAGUGUCACCGAGCAACUAUACUCUGACCUCCACGAGUUGGUCAGCAAGCCUUUCUUCAAGUACUUCCGGGCGGACCUAUAUCGGGAGUGCCCCUUCUGGCCAGAUGACGGUCAAUGUAAUGAGGCUGGUUGUGGUAUAACAUCGCUGGAUGAGAGUGACGUGCCCGAGAAGUUCAGAGCAAAGGCGCUAAGUCAGGUAUCAUCUGUGAGCGAGGUUCACAAACUUCCCGGGUGUUAUUAUCGCGACACCGAUUUCUGCUACCUGGAUGAUGAUACCGGUACGCGGGGCGAAUACUACGAUUUGUCGACAAUACCCGAAAGGUAUACGGGCUAUGCCGGUCAAGACGCACGUCGCAUCUGGCGCGCAAUAUACGAAGAGAACUGCUUCGGUCUCUCUGAGCUCAACUUGAUGAAGUCCAAGAACCCUGCGCCCGUCACCCUCCCCGAUACCAUGACCGACCCGUUCAAGAAUGAGAACGACGAGGUCGACGCGUCAGAGCAGUGCUUGGAGAAGAAGGUCUACUACAAGAUCAUCUCAGGAUUGCACGCUUCCAUUUCGACGCACAUAUGCUACGAGUCCCUUGACAAGGAGACUGGCGAAUGGGGACCGAAUCUCCCGUGCUUUGUCGCACGGAUAGCCUCGCACCCCGAGCGUCUGCAAUACAUCUACUUCAAUACCGUCCUCAUGUUGCGUGCUGUCGCACGUCUUGGGCCAUAUCUCGAGGCGUAUGACUACUGCGCAUUCGGGAAGCACGAAGACGACGAGGAGACCCUGUCUAAGUUGCACAAUGUCAUCGAUAUGGCGCAGACAGUGGGCAAGUUCGAUGAGACAGUGCUCUUCCGCGGAGAAAACGCCAACGUCUUGAAGGAAGAAUUCAAGAGCCACUUCCGCAAUGUCACUCGGAUCAUGGACUGUACCGGCUGCGACAAGUGCCGCCUUUGGGGAAAGGUCCAAACGAUGGGUCUGGCUACCGCUAUGAAGAUCCUGUUUGAGUUGGACGAGACCGCUCUCGACCCCAACGCGAACGCAGGUCUUCUGACUCGUCAGGAGGUGGUCGCGCUCAUCAACACUCUGCACCGUUUCGCCGAGUCUUUGCACGCUACCAAUGUCUUCCGUGAGAUGUGGCAGCAGACCAACGAGGACGAGUCGGAGAAGCUGAUCACUGAGGCCGAGCGGGCAGCCAAGGUGGGUGGUGUGGGGAUAGCCGACCCUCGGGCUUCAUUGACGCUUCGACAGCCCCGAACAUCGCCCGCUGUGGGGAGCGAAGCACGUUUAUGGGAGCAAGCGCAAUUGCGAUUUGCAGACAUUUUCCGAAUCUGUCGAGAUGGGACGAUGGGCUGCAUUGGAUAUAUCGCUGGGAUGUGGCGGGACGUUGUGCAGGCGAUGCAGUCGGUGUUUGCUCCAGGAGCAAAAUCGCAGGGACCAGGCUAUAGUACAGAGCUGUAA